UUCCCCGCCCCGCCGCUCCUUUGCGGCUCUCGGCGUCGGGAUCGCGGCUGACGGCUCCCUGGCGCCGGCAACAUGGCGCGCGGCAGGAUCUCCCGCCUCUCGGUCCGGGACGUGCGCUUCCCCACGUCGCUCGGGGGCCACGGCUCAGACGCCAUGCAUACAGACCCUGACUACUCGGCUGCCUAUGUUGUCCUGGAGACUGAUGCAGGAGAUGGACUCAAGGGAUAUGGAAUUACCUUCACUCUGGGAAAAGGCACUGAAGUUGUUGUCUGUGCCGUGAAUGCCCUUGCCCACCAUGUGCUUCACAAGGACCUCAAGGACAUUGUCAGUGACUUCAGAGGCUUCUACAGGCAGCUCACCAGUGACGGGCAGCUCAGAUGGGAAAUGCUGCUAUGUUUUCCUUCCCAGAUUGGUCCAGAGAAAGGGGUGGUGCACCUGGCAACAGCAGCCAUUCUGAACGCAGUGUGGGACCUGUGGGCGAAGCAGGAAGGAAAGCCUCUGUGGAAGUUACUUGUGGAUAUGGAUCCCAGGACGUUGUUAUCCUGCAUUGAUUUUAGGUAUAUCACCGAUGUCCUGACUGAGGAGGAUGCCUAUGAAAUACUGAAGAAAGGUCAAGUUGGUAAAAAAGAAAGAGAAGAGCAAAUGCUGAUGCAUGGCUACCCUGCCUACACCACAUCAUGUGCCUGGCUGGGGUACUCAGAUGGCACACUAAAGCAGCUCUGUGCAGCAGCGCUGAAGGACGGCUGGACCAGGUUUAAAGUAAAGGUUGGGGCUGAUCUCCAGGAUGACAUGCGUCGAUGCCGCCUCAUCAGAGACAUGAUUGGACCAGAGAAGACUUUGAUGAUGGAUGCCAACCAGCGCUGGGAUGUGCCUGAGGCAGUGGAGUGGAUGUCGAAGCUGGCUGAGUUCAAGCCAUUGUGGAUUGAAGAGCCAACGUCCCCUGAUGACAUCCUGGGGCAUGCAACCAUUUCCAAGGCACUGGUUCCAUUAGGAAUUGGCGUCGCUACUGGAGAGCAGUGCCACAAUAGAGUGAUAUUUAAGCAACUCCUACAAGCGAACGCCCUGCAGUUUCUCCAGAUUGAUAGCUGCAGACUGGGAAGUGUCAAUGAAAACCUCUCAGUAUUACUGAUGGCCAAGAAGUUUGGAAUUCCUGUUUGCCCCCAUGCGGGUGGAGUUGGCCUCUGUGAACUGGUGCAGCACCUGAUUAUAUUUGACUACAUAUCAGUCUCCACAAGCCUUAAAAACAGGAUGUGUGAAUAUGUGGACCAUCUGCAUGAACAUUUCAAGUAUCCUGUGGUAAUCAAGCAGGCUUCCUACAUGCCUCCUAAGGAUGCUGGCUACUCAACAGAAAUGAAAGAGGACUCUGUAAGGAAACACCAAUAUCCAGAUGGCGAUGUCUGGAAGAAGCUCCUUGCUGCUCAAGAAAACUAAGUGUUCGUUUAGCCCUAACACCAUUUUUUCUUAAGUGAAAAGGCUUAAAAUUUCCUGGGUAGUUUUAUAGAAAUAGAGAAGAAAAAAAAUCUUAUCCUACUAAUCAAGACAAGUUCCACUCAAGAAUUAGCCCAGUCAUCAUUUCAAUUUGAUUCUUUUAACAAGCCAAUAUAUAUUCUAUUUAAUCCUUAAGUAGAUUUAGAUUUACCUAACCCAAAGCCCAGGAAGAUAUUCUUACCAAAAUUUCCAUCAAGCGCCAGUCUGCAGACAUUAAAUCAUACUUUGAAAAUAAGCAACAUAUUGCAUAAUUUGUUGGAACAAUCCCUUAUUUGUUCUAUCUAACACUUGUCAUAAACUAGCAGAAUAAAAAUAGUUCUCCAGGACUCCAGGGGAUCUGUUAGUGCACCAAAGGAAAAACUAUUAGCCCUGAUGUGAUCUAGCCUUUUCCUGAUCAGUAAACAUAUUAGGAGAAUCCAUACCACACUAAAAUAAAUGGGGGCAAAAUGGUA